AAGAGUUAUAGUUCUACCCCGAGGAAAUGGACAAGCUCCCUGCCAAAAUCACAUCCCCGAAGUCAUGCACAGAUUUGUUUCUCAGAAUCUCAAGGUAAAAACUAGCAAGUAGUCCAACGUCUUCAAGUAUAUAACAAUUACAUAUCACUUUAGGAAGGAACAAGAACACCAGUUCAGAUUCACCAUCUUUUUCAUAUCUUAUAUUCACUUACCCUAGAUCUGUUGAUGAUCUGUAUCUGCGACGACGACGAUGAUAGCGUCUUCUACCUCAGUUUUCUCGAUUUCUUCUGACCUCACCUUUUCUCUUCAACCUUCUUAUCUUCAAUUUUUCAGCAAUACCAAUCUUUUUCAGCUCCAGUUAACUUUCCCUUUCUCAAAGACUUCAAUAUAUCUAUUGCUAAUUUCUAUCUUCUAUUAAAUUUAUCUCCAGUUCCUUCAAAUUAAGACGUACCAACCAUCAGGUUAUCUACCGUUUUCUAACAUCUACCUUGCUUCUGAGACGCGAUCCAAAGUUAUCUCUGGCGCAUACUCAAUAGAAAUUAAAUAUUCUCACAAGGCGACCCAGCCUUCAAUAUGCUAUUUCUCAGACUCUUCCUUCUGACGACCUGGUCAAUAUCAAUAUCUGCUUUUGGAUGGAAAGCCAAAGUAACAGAUGACUCCACUCCUGGUGAGCGGCACAUUGAAAGAAACCAGAAUCAGAAUAGUAGGAUAGAGCUGGCAAAUGCUCGAUCUCGAACCAAUGAACUAUAUUCCAGCGCAAUGCUCGAGCUCAAGAGACUAGAGGAAGAGCCGAUUUGCCACCGAGUGGCUGCACAGCUACUCAUGAGUAAUUGUGAAGGUCUGGAGGAUAUCAAUCAAAAAGAGUAUGACCUUUACAGUGGGCGUAUUCAAAGACAUUAUGUGGAGAGCUUGGCUGCAAGUCUGGCAAUUUGUGAUAUGGAACGAAGUAGUAUGGUCGUCCCUGAUUCUUGCGAGUCUUUCAGGCUACCGUCUUUACUCCGUGCUUCUCAGGAAGCAGACGGAAAAUUACAGGUAUCACAAAAUGAGGUCGGUGCCUGCUUGAAGGGAUUGGGCAAAGAUCCCUCCCAUUGGUUGAGUUGGACCAGUUAUAGGGACAAUUGUCUUUUGAUCUGUCAAGCUGCUCGAUCCGAUAUCGACAAAGGUAAGUCAUCAGUUUAUCUACGAGGAAGCGUCUAAUUAUUCCCAGAUCAAUCGAUUCUUCUACAGAAAAAACUUGUGGAAAUCAUGAGACAAUUUGCGGAGGACCUCGAAGAUGACCUCCAAGAUCUCAAGCGAAAUAUGGCGGAUCAUGCAAGAGCAGCAGGUUCCUACUUUGAAGAAGUCAUGAUGCGGACUGAGAUACUAAAGACCAAGGUUGAAGGUGCAUUCGAGGUCAUUUCAUCCGAGGCAUUGGUAAAUUACAUUUCCCAGCCAUAACAGGUACUCCAAUAGUAACAUGUAUGUCCAGGAUGUUGCGAGCACUCUACGGUCAAUACUGGGUAGUACUGGCGAUAUUCAACGAGUUAUGAAGAAUGUUGUCGAUACUAUACUCCAAAGCAAUGCAGAGAUGGCUGCUGCACAAGAACGGGCUCUUGUGGCCACAUCUGGUACUGCGAAAUCACGCUUGGAAGACAUCAAUGCACUGGCAGAAAAUGCCGAAUCGUCGUUUGAGAGAUUGUCUUAUGCAAUCGUAAGUUACUCCGGACCCUUUUAACGUAACAUGACUAAUUAUCUCUUAGGAUCUUUUGAUUCCCGUGAUCACUUCUAUGAGUGAUAGACAAGAUAAUUUGGAUCAGGUACGGUUUUCGAAUUAAAACCCCUAAGAUGAAACUGAUGUUUGCAGAGGUUCGAAGCACUUAGCGAUGUUGUCGUCAAUAUGACCACCUUGAUUCAGGAUCAUUCGGAGAGUCUUGAACAAGCCAGCUUUACCGCAACAGGUAUUCGAGAGAGUCUUGGGAAAGCAGCCGAGGCCGCGAAUUCAUGGAAUGGAAUCAUGGGUAUGGGUGAACCAUUUGUUAACAAUGCUCUUCGAAUAUUGUCUCCCCCAGUUACCCUCUUUUUUGGAAGUCAUGGUCUUCCGCCAUCUUUGUUUCGCAAUUUUGGUCUCUUCGUCGGAGGUAUGUUUUUGCUUUUCAAAUUCAUACAACACAUGCUAACAGGAUUAGGUUGGGCAGUGGCAGAAACCACGAUACAGUUACGCCAAAUUGAGCACUGGAUUCCACGAAUUCAAAGAUCUAGGGCAUCAACGCAACUGGCAAGAGACAAAGUACUACAGGAGGAAGCACAAAUAACUUUUAGCACUUCCUCAUUACAUAAUGAAACCGGUUCAAUCAAAAAAGCUCACACGCACGAUGUGAGGUAGAGAUGACGGUUUACAUGACUUUUAAAUUUAUUCACCAACGCAAAUGGACUCUUUAGGCCAUCUCUAACGACAAAAUUAUUAAUCUUAGCAAGAGGGACAACAGGAUCUCUCAAAUUUACGACUACCAUGCGGUCAACGAAAAUAUGGAUGAAAUGGGUAACAAGAUAUCACUAUUUAUUGAACAGUAACUAAUUUUGAAGGGCUUUGCAUUUGCUGGGGGAAUAUCAUAUUGCUUGCUGAAGGGUAUGGAGCUACAGUGAAUCAAACAUAGGGGGUACAUACUGGCACGUAUAUCUUUAGGUCCGAAAAGCCAGCCUGGCUUCGAUGUUUGAAGCAAUCCACAGGUGAUAAUUAACAGCAACAUAUGGGAACAGGAACAUAUCUGUAAAUAGAAAAUAUUAUUUAGGUCGACCUUUCAGGGGUUCAGAGCUUUCUGCAAAAUAC